CGUGUCUAACACUUGCUACAUAGACUAAAAAAAAGCUACCCAAUCAUUAAAAAAAAAAAAAAAAUUAACUUCUCUUCUGAGUAGUUGAUUUCAAGAAAUGGAGCACUCAAUUUCAAGGGCAACCGGCCCAAACAAUAAUAUAGGCGGAGGUGCCGGUGCAGGAUCAACCGUGGGAGGGCAGCAUGGUACCAUAGAGAGAUGCGGCUUUCAAAUGCCAUUGCACUAUCCCAGGUACACCAAGGCCGAGUAUGAGACCAUGCCUGAGUGGAAGCUCAAUUGCCUUCUUGCAGAAUAUGGGCUUCCGGCAACUGGAGAUGUUAACCAGAAAAGAAAGUUUGCCAUGGGAGCUUUCCUGUGGGCUCAUUGAUUGAACUUUCUUCAUCUGCAAAAUCUACCCCUAUAAAUAUUAUGCACUAUCAUCUAUAGUGAUCUGUUAUCUAUUGUGGUUGUCAAAUGUGGCGGCAGAAAUAGAACUUUGCACUUUUGAUAUGAAACCCUGUUCAAUGUACUGCUUACAAACUCAACUGAGAUUGCUGGACUUGUUUAUAGUUACUGCUUCAAAGUUAUU